AAAGAGAAAGACGUGUGCGUCGUGACAAUAACAUUCCCUCCAUAGCCCAGUGGAAAUGGCCGAUUAAGUGUUAAAAAAAUAAAAAUACAGACGACUGGAUCUGGACUCCUUUCAAAUCAGGAUCCCAUCAGGUCCUAGUGCUCUUCUACUCACACAGCCACAUUUAUAUGUAUAUAUUUACAUCUUGCUGUGUUAGAAACAGACCCCAGUGUAAUCAACAUAUCAUUUCCAACAGUGCGCACACUUCCCCUCCCCCCUCCCCCCACACACACUGUAUUCAGUUUCCUAUUAUGAAAAACCCCAAGCACUGAAAGGACCCCCUUUUAAACCUCCCAGCUCGGUUCCUCCUCCUUCCUCCUCAACACGAAAACAUCUGGUUUCUGUGCUCCAAGUUCACGUUGAAACUGGCUACGACUAGACUCAUUGUUUGUCCGUCACGAAAGAAAAGUUCGACUGAAAGUCAUGGAUCCAGCUGUCAAAAACACUGGUCAUUUUACAGCCAACUGCAUUGAUCUCCAACCGGGAAAAACCUUCUCCAAUCCCAAUUAUGGACAAGCGCCCGUCCCGCCAGGCUAUGUGCCUCCUCAGGCUCCGGCGAUGAUGCCGGCUCCUCUGAGACCGGCCGGGUGUCCACCUGGGCUGGAGUACUUAACGCAGAUCGACCAGCUUCUCGUUCACCAGAAAGUGGAGCUGGCUGAAGUUCUUUUAGGAUGGGAAUCCAACAACAAGUAUCUGGUGAAGAACACACUCGGACAGCAGGUCUUCUACGUGGCUGAGGAGAACGACUGCUGUAACCGGAACUGCUGCGGACCGCUCCGCUCCUUCGUCCUCCACAUCCAGGACAACAUGGGCCAGGAGGUGAUCACGCUGACCCGACCUCUGCGCUGUGGCAGCUGCUUGUGCCCCUGCUGUCUGCAAGAGCUCGAGGUGCAGUCUCCACCGGGCACUCCUAUUGGGUACGUGGUUCAGUCGUGGCACCCUUACCUGCCCAAGUACACCAUUCAAAACGAGAACAAGCAGGAUGUUCUGAAGAUCGUGGGACCUUGCUGCACCUUUAAAUGUUGUUCCGAUGUGAAUUUUGAGGUUUUGUCGAUGGAUGAAACGGCGGCUGUGGGCCGCAUCAAUAAGCAGUGGACAGGCUACUUACAAGAGGCUUUCACGGACGCCGACAAUUUCGGGAUCAAGUUCCCUCUGGACCUGGAUGUGAAGAUCAAGGCCGUGCUUCUCGGAGCCUGUUUUCUCAUCGACUUCAUGUUCUUCGAGAAUAAACAGAAUAAACAAUGAGCGGGAGGUUCCUUCCUGUUUUCCUCGACAUGAAUCGUCCGUGCUUCGUGUCUUCGCUGGACCUUACCCGCAACACCAAAUACAACAGGAGAAUAUACUGUACAUCUCUUUCUUACUACAAAUAUUCAGUGUAUCUUUAAUAUACUGUGCAUGUACAUUGUGUAUGGGACUUCUCAUUUCUAUGUGUUUUUUUUUU